CGGUUUUAUAUAGUUUGAGUUCCUGAAUAAUCUUCCAUUAAAAUUUUCAAAUUUAUGUCAGUUACGAUCCAGCAAAGGUAACGGCCAGCUACUCGCCAGAAUGUCGGACGAAUUAGAUAAAGACCAAGUGGCUCUUCUCAAGAAAGCGUUUGACACAUUCGACGUCGAGAAAAAAGGAAGUAUCGGCACUCAAAUGGUUAGAACUAUAUUUAUGAUGUUGGGAAUCACCACGACGGAGCAAAUAUUAAACGACAUCAUCGCGGAAGUGGAUACGGACGGUUCUGGCGAGCUGGAGUUUGAAGAAUUUGUCACCUUGGCCUCGAAGUUCAUGGUGGAAGAAGAUGCCGAAGCUAUGCAGCAGGAACUCAAGGAAGCAUUCAGAUUAUAUGAUAAAGAAGGAAACGGAUAUAUCACCACAAAAACGCUGAAAGAAAUUUUAAAAGAAUUAGACGAUAAGUUGACGAACGAUGAACUGGAUAUGAUGAUCACCGAAAUUGAUACAGAUGGAUCGGGAACCGUUGAUUUUGAUGAGUUUAUGGAAGUUAUGACGGGAGGAGAUGAUUAAUAAAGUGGAUCGACUUGAAGCAGAUGUGGUUGUGAAAAAAAUUAGUGAAGUGGAAUGUAUGAGCGGUAUGUUAUGAUGGUUAUGUUCCAUUAAUUGCAGUAAAAGUUAUUUUGUUGUCGAUAAUCCUAAUAAACUGUCGUUAUACUUGUU